AUGCUAAAAGUGGCCUGGGAGAAAUUGUGUGCUCUAUGGUAUGCUGACUUCAGUUAUAGGAUGCGAAAAAGCGUGAAGAAGCAUCAGUGCGUGUCUCAGGAGAUAUGGGAGAGCUGGCAGAAGGCUUGGGAGGAUCUUGUAUUCAAGAGAAAGUGUGAGAUAUUUGCACGAAAUAGGCAAAGUGAGACUGGUGAUGACGGAGCAGGACCUUCCCGACGCACAGGCGGAUCAAUAUCUGCCAUAGAGACAUCUCGAUUAUUAGUUGGAUCUGAAGCUGAGUCAAGAAUUGAUGAGUUAGCACUUUAUUUGGAGGCCGUAGGGGGCGAAAAGAAGAGGAAAGUAUAUGGCAACAGAUCUUAG